GCGACCGAAACGAAGCGCGACCGUAAUGAUCGGCUACCGACGAAACAACUCUAAAACAAACAAGUGAUAUGAAAAUCAACGUGAGGAUUCGUGGGGAAUGGCUGUUAAUUCCUUGUCGGAAUAACAAAAAUAAUACGAUCGAAUGGCUAUGUCAGGAAGCACUGCGUAGAUACAUCAAGCAGUGUGAUUACUCGGGAGAUGAUGACCACGUUGUUGAAAUGCGGAAGACUCAAGGAGGAAGCCUUCUCUUCCCAUACGAUGCAAUUGAGGAUGUCUUAGAUGAAAACGAUUUUGUUUAUGCCGUGCUUCAGAGUGACCUGAAAAAAAUUGUUAAAGUGGAGGAAACCAUCAUGAGUGGGUAAGAAACAUAUGUUAAUUAGUGACCAUAUAAGCAUAAGAUCUCUUGGAAGGGCUGUGAUUGAUACAUUUAUAAAUACAUUUUCCUAUCAGGGCCGAAUCCAGGGGCACAACAUAGGGCCUAUUCAGAAUAGAUAAGUAAGAGCGCUAAUUUCAAUAUAUGCUUUGAAAUUUUAAAAUUUAUUGGCAAAACAGAGGGAAUGUGCCCCCCCCCCCUUACUGGAUCUGCCCCUGCCUAUGUUUGAGCACUGUUUACAAAUGUGUGUAUACGUGUUCAUUUCAAAUAGAGUGGCC